CACAAGCAAGUCAGCAUUCCUACUGACCAUGGUCUCUGCUACCAGCCCAAAGCUCUUCACCCCUUUCACGUUAGGCGGCAAGAAAGCCCCCGUUAAACUGAAACACCGUGUCGUCAUGGCACCUUUAACGCGGUUGCGCACUGGAGAGAGUGGCGUGCCUACUCCUCUAGUGGCUGAACACUACGCUCAACGAACCACAACCGGUGGAUUUCUCAUCGCCGAAGCCACCAGCACCAGUCCUGCGGCUCGCAACUACUUCGACGCUCCAGGACUCUUCACCCAGGCACAGGUUGACGGCUGGAAGGCUGUGACCAAGGCUGUACACGACAAAGAAGGCAAGAUCUUUGUCCAGCUUUGGCAUGCUGGGCGUCUGGGUCAUCCACUAAACCAACCUAACGGGGAGCUCCCAGUGUCGUCAAGUGCGACGAGCGUCGACGACAUUCACACCCAUGCUAUCACACGUGAAGGUCGCAAGGACUACGUGACUCCACGUGCCCUGAAAAUCGAGGAGAUCCCUGGUAUUGUUGCAGACUUUAAGCGCGCCGCGGAGAAUGCUAUUGGCAGUAUUGAGAACCGCGCCCGCAUCAUCUUUGAGGUGCUGGAAGCUGCUCUAUCUAGUCUUCCUUCGAGUCAGGUGGGGAUCCGUUUGUCUCCACUCGACGCCAUCCAAGCGUACGGAUACGUCGUGAACAAACUCAACGACUACGAUCUCGCCUACGUCCACGUGAUUGAACGUCGCGGUAUGCACGCGGCUAACGUGCAAGUACCGGAGGUUGGUGUCGCUCGCCACUUUCGUGACACCUACAAGGGCGUCCUGAUUACUUCUUCUAGUUUCGACCGUGAAGACGCGCUCAAGACGGUUGCAGAAGGCGCUGCUGACCUCGUGGCAUUCGGACGCGACUUCAUUGCGAACCCAGAUCUCGUCGAGCGUCUGCGCGUCGGUGCCGAGUUUAACGCGCAGAAUGUGAAACAUUCUACCCGCAACUAG